CUUUCUAUUUUUUUCCCGCUUCUCGGAUUGCUAAUGGCUUCACUAUCAAAUUUGUCUGGUGUGAAACAGGUUUGCCCAAUUCCUAGGAACCUACCCCCUGAUUUUGUUGUAUCUGUAUAAUUUUCCAGUAAGAUGAAUUUUUUCAUGACUGCUGCUCCAUCUCCACCUGUAUCCCUAGAAGAGUUCAAGAGUUUGCAUUCAAAUGAUAGGGACCUCUACGCCGUGCUUAUAAAUGAGCUGGGGCGUGAUUCGCUUGAGUCUAUGAGGAUCAUGGCCCUUUGGCUAUGGCUGGAGCGGUCUGGCUUCAGGAGUGUUGUGAAGAAAGCCCUGUCCUUACCCAAAUUUCUAAUCAAUGAACUUGCAAAUGAAGCUGUCGUAUGCCUUAAACUCAUUGAAAACAAUGAAGCUGUCAUAUGGCUUUGCUCACCUGAAUCCAUAGACCUCUCACUAACCAAAAGCUUAGUGUACAAGGAAAUCUCAGCCAUGUAUUUUCAUGAAAACCGGGUAUUGAUUGUCAAAGGAACGACCAAGAUUAUAAUGGAUGUUUGCGUCAGGGUAAUGAAGGACAUCAUGGAGGAAGCCAUGGAGAGAAACCUCAUCCACUAUAUGAGCUUGAUGGAUAUGAGCAGCCCCAGGCCCUCCACCACUAAUAUUAGUAGUAAUACAACAAGGUUCUUGUUCAAUCUUAAUGCAAGUGGGUCCCAGGGUCGAGAGGAAGUGUUGCACCCGGAUGAAAGGACAAUGUUUAUGACGUUCUCAAAGGGCUACCCAGUUACUGAAAUGGAGAUCAAAGAAUUCUUUACAUGGAUCUAUGGGGAUUGCAUUGAGUCUCUAUACAUGCAAGAAGUGCUUCCUGGAGAACAAUCUUUGUUUGCAAGAAUUGUGUUUUAUUUGCCUGUUGCUAUUGAUAUGAUCCUAAAUGGUGCAGACAAGGCUAAGUUCACCAUCAAUGGCAAGCAUAUGUGGAUUCGCAAGUUUGUGUCCAAACGUCAUAUGUACUAUUCUUCUUCUUUUUCAUCAUACUUCAUCGAUACAACUUCAGUGCCAUCGGGUAUCAACAUAGCUCCUUACAACAGACGCCUAUUCUCUCGGUUCAUUUAGGCUUGCGUUAUCAUUUUCACUUUUUUAUUUUCAAUUACUAGUCCCCAACCACACACAUUUAAUGGUUUCAGCAUGAUGAGGAUUGUAUUAAUCUAGACAAAGACACCCUUUAUUUGUUAAUCCUUUAAUAUUGAUUGUAUCAAUAAGUUUAUUU